AUGAUGCUGAAAACUCGCUUUCUGGACUCAGUCAGUAACAAAAUUUCAUUUGGCUCGUCGCCACCCUUGACGAACAUCAGCCCAACACUGUUGGCUAAAUGGGAUAUGCAAAUGACUGCACGUAACCAAUUCGUGUCACGCGGCUCCCAGAAAGACCCCAAAUCUGGCCAGGAUGGCACUGGGGAAACCUUGAUUCUCGAUCGAAUGACUUUGAAGCGCAGGAUGGAGACUGACCUGUACGAGCCCAACAAGAAGAUGCGCCACUCUGUUGACAUUGACAUGUCGUAG